UCACACGCUCUCAUUUCUCUGAGUACAACAACUGGUACAACAACGGCUGAAGUCUGAGCUGAGACAGAUCACAAACUAGAAACUAAAGUCUAAGUCAGGACAGACAAAGCUCGUCUGCUUGUUAAGCCUUUGCUGAAAGUGCCAAAGCAACUGUGCGUAAUUACGCAUAGAAAACAAUGAGUGCCACACCAGCAAUGGAAGUGAACGCCGAAGCCAGACGGAUCCUGGCCGUGUCGAUAAGUAAGCUGUACGCCUCCAGGACCCAGAGAGGCGGACUGAGACUCCACCGGAGCCUUCUGCUCUCCCUGGUCAUGAGGUCUGCCCGGGACAUCUAUCACUCCUCCCGGGAGAGCGAGGAGCCAAGCGGGCCACAGCCAACACCGGAGGAGCCGAUGGACACCAGCUGCGGCUCGGGGGAAAAAGUCGGACCGCCCGAGCCUCAGCCUGAGCCCCAGCCCGCUAUGAGCCCAGACGAGCCGCCCACAGAGGAGCCGGGCAGCGCGGAGGACGGGUGUGAUGGUGAAAUCACAGAGGACAAAGAGAACUUGAGUCCGGCGAGGCAGUCCAGGAAACGCCGGGGCAAGGCGGCGGCGGCGCCUGACUUCCUUCCCAGCAAGAGGGCGAGGCUGGAGCCCGGGGAGGAGAGGUAUGCGGCCCCGCUGGGCAGCUGUCGCGCCGGGGCCGGGGAGUCCCUGACCGCUUUGUCUCUAAAUCGGGUUAUACCUGCCUUCUGAACAUAUGGUGGGAGAAAAUAGCCUCCACUGAGACUUUGGAGCGGAGUGAUUCUCAACUCCUCGUUAACCUAUAAGGGCGCUUUGAUCCCACACCAAGGAGCUGACCUACAUCGGCGGUCCCGGGACAGAAGGAUUACCGGAGCUAUGGUACUACCUCUCCGGUCGAUCUGAGUGUGCCUGUCGGGCUGGUGAAGCCCCUACAGAGAUCAACAAGCCGAGAAGGGGAAGAAACAGAGAACCGGGCCGAAGGGAGCCACGGGCCGGAAAGUUUGAGGAAAAAACUGAAGGGGAACUGGUUGCGUUACUUUUAGUUUCCCUGUGAUUCAACUUCAGUUAAAAUGAGUCCAAACAAGUGACUACUGCUGACUCAAAGUGUGUGUAUGUGUGAAUCAGCAGAGAGCGGUGUGAGUCAGCCAGAGAAGAAGUGAAGUGGUAAACGGUUGACCACAGAGCAACACACAUGCACAACGAGGACUUCAGGGAAUUUCCUGCCUCUAUACGGGAUAUCAGACUCUAACACUGAAAGAGGAAGGACAGUUGAGGCAGACAUACAUUUACACACACUCACACACACACACACACACACACACAUAUUCAGCUGCUGCUGUGGACUUUGAUAAAUCAAUACUACUGCUUUGGACUGUCCUACAUAGUGUGUUCACAUGGUGCUUCGGAAAAAAAAAAAAAACAGGCUGUCCACAUGAUGUUGGAAGAACAUUAAUAUAAACCUUCUGUGUUUUUAAGUCACUGAAAUGUGAGUCACUGUGAAAGAAUAUUACCUCAGAUUCCAAGCUGCUUUUUUUAUUUGUAUGAUUGAAUUAUUGAUGUAAAUGUUUGUAAUAAAAUGCUGAAAGCGUA